AUGAGCAAUGCAGCAUUCGUAGCAUCUCUUUUGGCAGGGGCUGCUGCUGGUACCUCAACAGAUUUGGUGUUCUUCCCAAUUGACACUUUGAAGACUCGACUCCAAGCAGUAGGAGGAUUUUUCGCUAACGGAGGCUACCAUGGCAUAUAUAGAGGCCUCGGAAGUGCAGUAGUUGCAAGUGCACCUAGCGCGUCCCUCUUUUUUGUGACUUAUGAUGGAAUGAAGUCUCUUUCACGGCCUACCUUUGACAGACUCAUUCCAUCAAAUGGUCAAAUGGCUGAAACGGCCACUCAUAUGUUUUCAUCUUCCGCUGGUGAAAUUGCAGCUUGUAUGGUACGAGUGCCUGCUGAGGUGAUCAAACAAAGGACACAAACUCAUCAAUCUGAUUCUUCCUUGCAGACGCUAAAAAAGCUGCUGCGUAAUCAAAACGGCGAAGGUGUAAGGCGAAACUUAUACCGCGGCUGGUCCACCACAAUCAUGCGGGAAAUUCCUUUUACCUGCAUCCAGUUUCCUUUGUAUGAAUAUUUCAAGAAAAGAUGGGCGCAUGCUGCAAAUCGAGACCAAAUCGCUCCAUGGCAAGGUGCGCUUUGUGGUUGUGUGGCCGGUGGGAUUGCUGCUGCUACCACCACACCACUGGAUUUGCUCAAAACAAGGCUUAUGCUCAGCAAAAAAUCUGUGCCAGUUCUUAAUUUGGCUCGAGACAUUUACAAGCAGGAAGGCUGGAAAGUUUUUUUGAGUGGUAUAGGUCCAAGAACUUUAUGGAUAAGUGCCGGAGGUGCUAUUUUCCUGGGUGUAUAUGAAAGUGCUCACUCUCUCCUUUCGUAG